AAGUAGCGGGCCCGGAAGCCGCGCCGUUGCCGGGUAACGCGGGACGCGGCGGUACAGAGCUGUCAUGGCGACGCGCCCUCCCUUCCGGGGCGACUCGCUGCUGGCUCUGGCCGAGCUGCUCUCCUCCGGCCAGGGGGAGAGUGACGAGGAGGACGCGGCGCAAGGCCCCGCGGGCGGCCGCUCCGGCCCGGGGAGUAUCGGGCCCCGGAAGGCUGGCGGCGCCUUGGCCGCCCCGCUGACCCCCGAGGACGGCAAGGCCAUCUGGAGCGCCGAGGAGGUGCCCGAAGGGAGCGCGGGUGACGCCUCGUGGGACCCCCGGGAGCAGCCGGAAUAUGAGAUUGUGUUCAAGCAGCAAGUGAGAGCUGAGGAUCUCUUCCUAGGCAUGAGCAGAAAGGAUCCCUCUACUGCCUGCUGUGAGGACAUGCUGAUUAAGAUUAAACUGCCGGACACAAAAGCUUCAGACAUUACCCUUGAUAUACAAGAAAAGCUCCUUGAUUUUCGGAGUCCCCAGAAGCGGCUCCUUUUGCAUCUACCUCAUCCAGUGGACGCCACCAAUGGAAAAGCCCGUUUUCUGUCUGAACAGGCCACACUGGAAGUCACUUUGAGGAUGAAGCGAGAAUUGGAUUUCAUCAACUUUUCAUGAAGAGAAAGAGGAAUUGGCCCCUCAGAGGCCCAGGGGAGAUUUUCUAGUUAGGUAAUUGAGAGAAGAAGGAGAACAUCUUGCCACCGAUUCCAAAGAGCUAUUGCAGUGUCCAAUAGGCCUUCUUGCCUGCACCAGGAGACCUUGAGGUCUGGCUGUCCUAUUUCCUUCUUCUUGAAUUCUGACAUUGAAAUUUUUCAAGGAGGCCUCUGGCAUCUCCAUUUUUGUUAAUUGUUGCUUCCUUGGGGGGUCCAUUCCUUCAACAUCAGGAGAUCAGCAUGUAGGGGACAACAGAGGCAAGAUGGGGUCGUAAUGGUUGAGCUGCUGACUGCUCAGACUUCUAUGCUGUUGAUAGAUAAUAAAAGUCCCACCCUUUCUUGUCUGUGCCCACAUCUACCCUUUGCAGAAGUCUGCCCUGGCCAGCACAGCAAGGGCUUCCUUUCAAUUGAUGCCUGCAAUGGAAUGGAACAGGGAGCUAAACAAGCUGAGGCUUGUUCCGAGAGAUGCUGACCUCUCUGCUCCAGCAAUGCACCUGGGGUUUGGUGAAGAAUGAGCCCAGUCUUCCACUGCAUAAAGUCAGCAUUUAGCACAAGUGUUUCCAUUGGGAGGGCCAAGGUUGCAAGCAAGCCCACAACUUGAAAAGCACAUAGGAGAAAGAGCUCCUGCUGAUGUGGUUUGCAGCAGAAGGAGAAGGCAUGGGUAAAUGAGAGCUUGUCCGUGGCUUCCUCAAUAGAGUGGGACAACUUGCAAGACAUCUGUCAUCUCCCAAUAACCAAUUAAGCCCUACUUCCUAUUGGUUCUACUUAAAUGAUAGUGUUUAGGUUUCAUCAGAGGAGCCCAAGGAGACAAACUCAGGCCAGGUAAAAACAGAUGAAGACAGUAAAAAGCAGGGUGGGGUUAAGGCAGCAGGAGGACAUUGUUAAUGUUGACUAACUUUGAGGCAGGUCAAGGAGGGGAUGUGACAAAUUGGUACCCUGCCUCUUUUGGAAAUGCAUAUCAAAUUCCUGGAGCCACAAGAAACAAAGUUAUUCAGCACAGCACCAAGAAGCAUUGUCAGGGCAGUGGGAACUUAUUUAUUUAUUUAUUUUAUUUUAUUAAAUUUCUAUACCGCCCUUCUCCCGAAGGACUCAGGGCGGUGUACAGCCAAAAUAAAACACAGAAUAUGUACAAUUAAAAGAAUUUAAAAUGAACUAUUACUAUGCGGCCGAUAAUUAAAACAUUUAAAAAUUUAAAAUAUUAUUAAAACCCCAAUUUAAAAGCAACUAUUUAUGCCAGUCCUGCUUGAAUGAAUAAAUAUGUUUUAAGCUCACGACGAAAGGUCCGAAGAUCAGGCACUUGACGUAAGCCAGGGGGGAGUUCGUUCCAGAGUGUUGGUGCUCCCACAGAGAAGGCCCUACUCCUGGGGGCCGCCAGCCGACAUUGUUUGGCGGACGGCACCCUGAGAAGGCCCUCUCUGUGAGAGCGUACGGGUCGGUGGGAGGCAUAAGGUAGCAGCAGGCAGUCUCGUAAGUACCCGGGUCCUAAGCCAUGGAGCGCUUUAAAGGUGGUAACCAGAAUCUUGAAGCGCACCCGAAAGACUACAGGAAGCCAGUGCAGACUACGGAGCAGUGGUGUUACAUGGGAGCCACGAACGGCUCCCAUGUAACUUGGAUUGGGCCUGCUAAAUGAGAGGAGGAGAGAAGGACUUGCAUUUUCACAACAGCAGGAUUAGAGAGAAGUGGCAAAAAGGCAGAAGAAACCCUUACAAAGAAAAAUGAUAGACUUUUCAAAAUGCCAGUUACUACAUAUGCACACUCCCAAAGCCAUUCGGCACCUAACCCUCUCAUAUGUGUUACACCCUGAACCAAAAGGAGCUUCUCUGAGAUGGUGACAACAGGGAACAUUUGAAAUGGUAUAGAGUUUCCUGCCUGGGCGGGGGUUGGACUAGAAGUCCUCCAAGGUCCCUUCCAACUCUGUUAUUCUAUAUUCUAACCAAGGAGGAGGACUAAUCCUUCUAUCUAGAUGAGUUUGCCCAGGUCCAGGUCCAGGUCCAGGUCCAAGCACUCAUUUUUCCAAGGAAGAAUUUUCUCAUCCAAUUUUCUCUUGGGUCACUGGUUGGACGGACUGAUUCCAACCUCCAACCAGAGCUGGGGAGAGUCAAAACUCGUCGUCUUCCAAACCUCCAGCGUGACCCUGGCCAGAAAGGCCCCUGUGUGGACUUAAGAGGAAAGCUCAAAGUGCUGCUAAGCAGUGCCAUGCUCUGCUCUGGCUAAUCUCCAGAGCCCCCUGCUCCCAGGGCAGUGUGGCAGGUGGCCGGGGUGAGCUAGACUUGCUACCUGGAGAAGGAAAUUCCAACCAGACCUAGCGGCCUGGGUGCUUGGAAGGGUUCAUGUUCCCAACCUUAGGUGGUUCACAACAUGGUCGAACUCCUGGUCAUUCACUUGUGGGUGAUUGUGGAGCCCCCUCGUUUUGCUUUGUUUUGUUUUUUAGUUUAAUUUGUUUUGCUCAUGGGUGUGUGUGUGUGUUGCAUGUUGUUCUUUCGGUUGCCUUUUCUUUUUACUAGAUCAUUUUUUUAGGUUGUUUAGGAGUCUAGUGGUCCACUUCAGGAAACUCAG